GAAUCUGGUUGUUGAAAUCAACCAGUCUUUUGCACAAUUCUGUUCACUAUCAGGGUAUGCAACACACCCCUCGGUACAAAAUUAGACUAUUUUAGGUGGUGGAACAAUGUUUUUAUAUUUAAUAAAUAUAUAUAUUAAAUAAUUUUAUACUGUAUCUAGUGACUGAAGGCUCUAAAGCCUGAUGCUUAACAUCCUGAGUCUGAGAAAUAUUUUAAAACUCAGUUUGACAAUCUCUGUGUGUACAAGACCAGUAUUUUAAGGCAGUUCUUGCUUUGAAGUCCUCUUCCUGCUUUGAGGUGAAGAACAAUAAAUACACUGAGGCUGUCCCCAAAGUAUCACAGUAAACUGAAGGAAGGGAGGAGUACAGUAUGACUUAGCUUCGGUAUAUCUCAGUUCUUUUAUAACUGAAAAGGCCAUGAGGAGGAGCGUGGCAUGCAUUCUCAUUCUCAUUCAGCUCUUUGAAGCCUAUGCAGAGUUGAUCUUCAGGCAACUGAAAGAGAGCCAGUCACUGGAGCUCUCUUGUUUCCAUCAGCAGCAGCAUGGCAGCCUGGAGGGCCUCCACCUUUACCACCGCAGUGCCCAGAGCCAGACGACCCUGCUGUCGAUGGCUAAGGACGUCAAGAUCAGGGUCAACCCCGAGCACAGGGGGCGUCUGCAGCUCUGGGGAGGACUGGACUCCCUGCAGGUCAAUGUGACCAUAUCCCAUUUACAGCACAGUGACACGGGACUGUACAUGUGGGAGCUGAGCUACCGAGGGGACAACAGCUCUCCCCAGAUCCUCCUUGGCGCUCAGAAGGUUUUCUUGUUGGUUGAGAGGACAGGGAGGUCAUGCCAGUGCUCUCCCAGUUACCCUCCGGUGCUCUUGACAGUCUUUACAACAGCAGGGCUGCUUCUGUUCAUACUCAGCUGGCUGGCCAUAGAGAAAUGUGUGAAGGCGAGGCAUCAUCACAAACCACAACCUUCUGCUCCUAUCUAUGAAGAAAUGACCAGGAAGCAGCAGAGCGCCGGGAUCCCCCAAAAUAACCACGAGGCCCCCUCACACCUGGAGGAAGUCAACUUCCCAGUGUACGCUAACCCAAACAUCCGACAACCACAGGACAACUACUACGCCUGCCCCAGACAGCUCGCCCUCAGAGCCUGACGUGACUUCUGGCAUUGAGCUAAUGGCGCAACAAAUGUGUUCAGGAAAUGACACCCGCUCUACCACAACAACAUGAUAUGAAAGCGAGAGGUGACUUCUUGUCCAGGAAACAAGACAGACAAGGCGGAGAAUUAAAACACCAAAUAAGGAAAUGAUGCAUUUUUAACAGCCAAGAAAAAAAAGGCUAUUUUAUUAAUAUUUGAAAGAAGCUCCAUAGUUCAUGAAAACAUUUGUUUCGGUGCAUGUCAUUUAGCAAUCACAUUCUAUGAGGAGAAAGAGCUAUACAGAGAGAAAAAUAAAACAUUACAAGCCACUGACUUUUCAUUAAAUCUCAGUACAGACAUUUUUACUUAAUAUUUCAAAAACAAAACAAAAAAAGGCCCAAAAAAGAGCAGCCCUAAUCCCAUACCCCCCCACCCCACCCUCCAAGAAAACCUUAACUGAGAAAAAAAAACCCUUGAGGGUGACAGGCUAGAAUCCCACAGUGCUAAAGAGUGAGACGCUCAUUGGUUUUAGGAAUACACAGCAUGGCGAUGUAGCGCUAGGUCAAUCUGAAUCAGGGGAAGGAAGCUGGAGGCGGGAGGCUCGAACAUGAGUCACCUCUCCGCCCCCUUCAAAAAAUAAAAUCAAAGACAAAUAAAAACACAUUGGAUCCCAAAAACCCCUGCAAUAGAUCAGCCACUUAGAAGUAGGCCAUAUAAUCCCCCCCAUCUUCCACCCCAACCCCCACCCCCAAAAACACUUGUGCAUAGUUUCAUGAUCCUUUACAACCAGCUCAUGUUUUACAAACAUCCUCCAAAAAUGUGAAAAAAUGUUCCACAAAAGUCUGAUGUAUCUAUUGAUAAUAUCCGCUGUGGGAGAAUGAGAGAGAGAGAAAGAGGAAAGAAAGAGUAAUGCACAAUGUUCCUGAUUCAGUCAGGACGGGACCUCAUUAAGAAAACACAAUAAAGAUUCAAACAUACAGCAUUUUGCAUGUUAUUCACGGUCUUUCUUUCUUUUUUUUUUUUUAAACAAUCAAAACCAUUGACCGUUUUUUUUUGUUUUUAAAUGUAAAGCAAUUUUAAUAUAUAGAUUUAUAUAUAAAGCACUCCAUUUUCAUUUAAAGUCCAUUAUUUGGUUAUUAUGUAACUGCUACGGAUUUAGAAACAAAAGGUAUUUUCUCUUCUUCUGAAAUCCAUAACUUUCAGUGCUUAGAAUUGUUUCUUUUAAAUCAUCCAUUUUUCUUUUUUUUUUUUACUCAUCAUAAAAAUGUACAUUAAAAUGGCGUGGAGUUGGUACUCUGGAACCCUG